AAGUUAAUACGAAGCCCAAGAUGUCAUACGUCAUCCGUGCAGCGCUGCUAAAAAAAGUAACUUAGUUUAAUUUCUGCAUUUGGUAUUCAAUAUGCAAAGAAUACAAGAGAGAAUGUGUACAAAAUUUCAGUUAUAACUUUGUGGAGUACCCCACAAUCUCAAUUAUGGAUGAAGUUGAUUUUGCACAGCCCAAAACUCCAGAAGUCAAAUUACCACAACGAAAUCCAUUUGAUCCACCACAACGAGUUAAAAGCCUAAAGAAUGACCACCAUAAAGGUAAUAAUUGCACCCAACUCAACAGAAGUACAUCAUUGUUUUCACGAUCGAUGGAAUGGGCAAACAGUGGUAAAGGGAGAUUUUUAUUCGGCCCUACUCCGUUUCAACAACUUGGACCAAAAGCUACGAUCUCCGAAAACCACGAUGCUGAUUAUUUUGGAAUGAUUGAUCCUUCAGUUCAACGAUUGGAAUGGCACUCUCCUCCGAAGAAUGUACUCAUCAUAAAGAAACAUCACGACCAAGCAGUCACAGACCAUUUUAAAACAUUAACAAAAUGGUUGAUACAGGAAAAGGAAAUGACAAUUUUCGUUGAGGAAAAUGUCAUUCAGAACAGUAUGGAAUUGGAUGACGAUUUUGCGAAUGAUUUUUUGGAGCAGUUGAAACCUCUCAAAGAGAGUGAGAAAAAAGCUGUGGAUUUGGUCGUAUGUCUCGGUGGAGAUGGAACUCUCAUUCAUGUUUGCUCCUUGUUUCAAUCUGCGUGCCCACCCGUCAUUGCAUUCCACAUGGGAUCGUUGGGUUUCUUAACGCCGUUCAGUAUGAAAAACUUUUCUAACGACAUCAAUUCAGUGAUCGAUGCUAAUGUUGGACUGACACUGCGUAACCGGUUAAAAUGUCAAGUGCGUCAGAUGCAUGAGAACGGAAAGGAUGAAGUCCUGUCGGAAUAUCUGGUUUUGAACGAAGUUGUUGUUGAUCGUGGAACUUCAUCAUCAGUGACGCAUGUAGAGAUACAUUGCAACGGCCGCUACCUGACCACCCUGCUCGGUGACGGUUUGAUCAUUUCGACGCCCACAGGGAGUACUGCAUAUUCAAUGUCUGCAGGUGCGUCCAUGGUACACCCAAGCGUACCUGGAAUAGUCGUCACGCCCAUCUGCGCACAUUCACUGUCGUUUCGACCAAUAGUAUUACCAGCUGGUGUUGAAUUGAAGAUUAUUGUUUCAAGCGAAAGUCGUAAUUCUUCUCCAAUGUGUUCGUUUGAUGGCAGAUAUCCAAGUUGUAUGAACAGGACGAAAUAUCUUCGAGUUACAACGUCCGUAUACCCGAUACCAUGUAUCAGCCAUCAAGAUCAUUUAAGCGACUGGUUCAACAGUCUAGCUGAAUGUUUACAUUGGAACAAAAGAGAGCUGAAAAGAACUACUUCGUAUACACCGUCUCCAGCAAAAGGAGCAGUGAAUUCUACAAAAAUGCAACUAAGUUAACUUAUAGUAAGUGAAACCAUAGACGUCAGACGUCAAAUCGUACCGGCACGACGACGUUAAAGUGACAGCCAAAAUAUUUAUAUACAUUUCAUUUUUUUUUUCAAUGAAUAUUAGAAUUUGUAAAUAGCUAGAAAGAGUCGUUGAAUUCAAUUUUUUAUAUAUA